AUGGGCCCACUUCCAUCUCCCGAGUCUACACGCGACGAAGCACAGCCCAAGCAACAGACAGGGUUCAUCGCUGCACACUCGGUCCUAGCCUUCCAUGAACCCACACAGCCUACAGUCUCCGAAGGCUCAAUAUCACAGUCGUUGCGGGUUAGAGAUGCCAUUCUUUCCGCAACAGAAGCAGAAAUCCUUCCUGUUCCUGCUCUUCGCAGAGCAUUAACAGAUGCAUUUUUUGAACAGGUUUUCCAUAAUUACGCUAUCAUAUCGCAAGAGGAUGUCUCAUCCUCUCAUUCAUCUAUUCUCUUGCAGCAAGCAGUGUGUCUAAGUGGCAGUCUUACUCGACAUGGUCCCGAAUCUAUGCACCUAGCUCACACGCUCUAUGAGAAGGUCAAGACCCUGCUAUACUUGGACUACGAAACCGAUAAUCUCACAACUCUGAAGGCGUUGUGUUUAUUAUCAUGCUGGAGUGUGAAACCUCCUGAUAAGAUUAGUUUGGAUGGGCCAUGGUACUGGACGGGGGUAGCCAUUCGACUUGCCCUUCAAAUGGGGCUUCAUCGAGAAUCUACGUACCUGGAUAACCCACAUGCCCCCUGCCUUCGAAGAAUAUUCUGGCACCUUCAUACUGCUGAUAAAUUACAAAUGGCAUGCUGGGGUCGUCCUCCCUCUUUUGGCUCCAAAUAUUACGACGUGAAACCCUUAACAAUGAACGACUUUGACGUUCAAAAUAUUCAAUCAAAGGCAUUCCUUCAAACCACAAAGCUGUGCGCGAUAAUUGGGCAAAUUGCAGACCUUCAACUCGAGAGAAGGUCUGUUUCUCAGGACGAAGUGCUCGGAUUCACACAAAAAUUACGGCGCUGGCUUCAGGAUCUGCCAGAUGACCUUCAUUUGUACGAUUUCAGCGCAAUCAAAAGACCUUUUUGCUUCGCUACCUCGGAACUAUUUAUCAAAUACUUCGGUGCUAUAGUCAUGCUCCAGCUCCUGCAAGGAGAAGUGAAUGAGCAAAGGGUAACCUCCGUGCGAUCGCUGGUCGCUGCUUCAUGUAUGGCUCGACUCUACGAAGAAAUAAACAUCAGGGAAAGAUCGAAAUCUCUGCUCCCAAUACACGGCUUCUUUUGCAUGUUAGCAUCUAUUCCACAGAUCUACUACCGGCCACGAUGCGCGGAGAAAGAGAGAGUGCGGCAAGAAGAAAUUGGAAUACUCUGCUCCAUUAUGGAAAGCAUAAGAGGCAAAUAUGGAGGAUCGGAGAUGGUUCUUCACAAGAUCCGAGGGAUGGAGAAUCAAGUGCAUUCCUCGAUGGAGCAAAUGGAAACGGAUACCAAUGGCGUGUCGGAUAGCUUCAUAACCCAGCAUGGAAGCGAGUCCUUGGAAAAUCUUUUCCCAUUUCCCCUUGAGAUUUGCAGCCAAAUGGAACUCAUCCACCAAAGUGUGUAUUCAGAAACCGAAUCUUCUAUGCAAAACUUCUUGCCAAUGGAGAAUGAAUGGGCGAAUUGGCUGGUGACGGAGGGCCAUGGAUUCGUGGAUUUACUGGGGUUAUUGCAAAAUGUUCCAGAUACUAUUUAG